GUGGGCACUAAUAAGGCCACACAUACGCUGAAUGUAUCUUUUGGACCAAUACUGAAACCCCACAACGAAACGGUGUAUGGCGUGGAUGUGAACCGGGAUGUGAGAAUUAAGUGUGAGGUCGAGGGCAACCCAAAGCCAGACAUAGCGUGGCUGAUGUUGGGUCAGACCAAUGUGUUGGGCACUGACGGGGAACUACUCGUCAAAGAUGUGACAGAAAAGAAGACCGGAAAAUACAUUUGUAGGGCAUCUGUGAAGGGAUUCCCAGAGAUAUCCUCACAACUUAUCGUACGCUUGAAUGGUCCACCGCAAAUAGAGGACCCGUACAUACAUUAUGGUCUAAUCGGCGAGACUAUUGUAAAUAUCGACAGUAAUCGAGGCGUUAAUAUAAUCGAUGAGCGAAUACCUGGAGAAUCGACAAUACUGUCCACAGUUGUCAUAUAUAACGCUAAACUAUCAGAUUUUGGUGAAUAUAACUGUACGAUUAGAAAUAGGUUUGGUUUCGAUAACAGAGUCAUCAUUUUGGCCGAAAAAAUCGGUUUCACAACAUUAGUGACAUUCGCAUCGCUGUUGUUAUCAAUAUUAGUGGUAAUCGUAUUGAUCACUAUUGUCGUAAUCCUAUGCUUAAGACACAGACACAUGAAAAAGGCAGUAAAGCUUAAGAAGAAGGGUUCGUUGUAUUCGUCGACCGAUCGGACAUCAAGUGAUACAAGCGAUGAGACGUUAGUGGAGUCCGAUGUGUCGACUGCCGGCACCACUGAUGACACCGACGCCGGCAUUCACGUCGAGAUGCAGUCCAUUACAAGUAGCGAAAUGUCGGCGCCGGCACCUCAUCACAGCCGCCGUAGUCAUCGUAGUCAUCGAAGUCGAAACACUGGCACUGAUAUUGUCUUAGACUAUGAAUUAGAGCACAUAGGAAUCGAC